UAUUUAGAGUAUUCGUCGGCCACUCGGCCUAGGGGACGAAGGCGGCGUAACUCGGAAGGGUGCGAUGGCGGCUCUUCGCGAUUGCUUCCUUUGCCCAGUCUAUCGGCUUCCAUCUCCGUUCCGUUCUACCCCAGUUUGCCGCCGCCGCCGCUUUUCUUCGAGCGUUGUUUCCGUAGGCGGCGAUCGUCAGAGGCGGUCACAGAACGUAGAGGGAGACUUCUUCGUAGAUCAACUGUGUAUCGAUUGCGAUACUUGCCGCUGGAUGGCGCCGGAAAUGUUCACACGGGUAGGGGCAAUGUCAGCUGUCACCAAACAACCAAUCAGUGAAGAGGAAAAAGUCAUGGCUUUACAGGCACUAAUUUGUUGUCCAACAAACUCCAUACAUACAGAGAAGCCUACUAAGAAGAUUAUUGAAGUUCAUAAGAUGUUUCCUCUUCCCAUAGAUGCAGAGAAACUCCCAGGUGUUUAUCAUUGUGGCUAUCAUUCUGAGAGAUCUUAUGGAGCAACUUCAUACUUGAUCACUCAUCCUGAAGGGAAUAUACUUGUUGACAGCCCAAGGUUUACAGAGAGAUUAGCAAAAAAUAUAGAGAAUCUUGGAGGGGCACGCUACAUGUUUUUGACUCACAAAGAUGACAUAGGGGACCAUGAGAAAUGGAGUAAGAGGUUGAGAUGUGAAAGAAUUCUCCACUCAGGAGAUGUAGAGUUUUCCACAACUCAUGUUGAAAUUAAACUUGAUGGGGAAGGCCCUUGGAGCAUUGGAACUGAUUUUGAGCUCAUAUAUACUCCAGGCCAUACUGAAGGUUCAGUUUGUUUACACUAUAAACCACUGAAGGUCAUGUUUACUGGGGACCAUCUCUUCAGAUCAGAAGGAUCUGAUCUUUCAAUCUCCGUGAUAUAUAACCAGCAAUCAGUGAGCUUGCAGCUGAAGAGUAUUCAGAAGUUGUUGGACUUUGACUUCGAAUGGAUCUUACCAGGUCAUGGGCGUAGAGUGGCAUUCAGAAGCAACCAACAUAAAAAUGUAGCCAUACAAACUUUCUUGGCGUCACAGGAACCGUUGUACUCGGGUGUCAAGCUAUGGAGGCACGGACGAUCAAUCAACCUCCAUGACCGCGCUAUUUAUAGCGGCAAAAUGGAACAAAUUUGUGGCCGUUCCUCUGCUUCCAUCGUCUCCCCGCGAAUUUCUCAGAAACCAUGCGUCGGGUUAAUCUUCUUCUCCCCCUUCAUCCUCCCUCCCCUGGCCUUGAUUCGUCGCGCCUCCUCCUGAUUCAUCAGCCAUCCUUCCGCUAUGGAGAAGACCCCAGUCGCCGGGGUCGAUCAAGGAGGAAGAGUCCUCGACGAGGAGGCCGCGGGUCCGAGAGAGGACGACGUGGACGACCUGAUCCUGGAGCUACUGGAGACGAUCC